AUGCCACCUCUGGUGAGACCAACGCCUUUCUCCUGGCUGCCUGGGUGUCGGUGCAGUUUCUGCUCCCCGCAGCCUCCCUGGCCGGAGGCUGGCCGCUACCCCGUCGCUUGGGACGGGCCGCAGCUGUACUAUUUGCCCCGCUGGUGCGAUAGCUGCCAGCAGUGGAAGCCUCCCAGAGCUCAUCACAGCAAGCGGCUGGGGCAGUGCGUCCUCCGCAUGGAUCAUUAUUGUGUGAUCACCGAGAACAUCAUCGGACAAAGGAACCACGGAUAUUUCGUUUUGAUGGUCAUCUUCGGCAACAUGGGGCUUCUGUACGCUCUGAUCUUUGUUGCGAAGACCGUGCACCUGGCGUGGCAACCCUACUGGGCUCUCUACAGCAAGUUUGCCACUUAUGCGCAGCAGCGAGGGAGCUACUACCAGUGGCUGCUCAUGGGUGGCCACCUUCAUGUGCUGAAGGCGCUCCUGGGCUACGAGGUGCCGCUGCUCCUGGUCCUUACGGUGGUUUCCCUGAUUCUGCUUGGGCCCCUGCUUCGGCACGUGGGCUUGGCGCUUCGGGGCACUACCGUGCUCGAGGAUAUGGGCCACGGCGAUGCCAUAGAUUUGCCCGGGACGAAGGUGUUACCCCUCAGACCUGGCGACUUCCGACAGCCUUUCUGGAUGGCCCUUCAGAUGCUGCUUGGGUCCAGGUUGCAGUGGGUGCCGUCCGGGGCGACGACAGCGGCCGUGAACUGCCCGGCGCCUCAGAAGGGAGUCGCGUUGAGCCCUUUGAUGGCAGCAUGCGAAUAUCCCUCGGAUUCGUGGGCCCACCAUGCCGUCUCGGGCUGCCAAAAACCUGGGCGUCAGCAAGAGAUUCGACCUUAUGAAAGUGGGGCUUUCGGCUACAAGCUCCGCGUGCCGAUUUCCGAUGGCCUGCAGGACGUGAAGGAGGCAACUUCCGAGCUGCUCUGUGGAGGGGUGUCUCUGGUGGCUACAACCGUGGCAGUGGCCUGCGCUGGCGCCGCCGGGGGCUUCGCGCGGGUCGUUGAGGGCGGACCUGGCCCAGGACUCCGAGGCGCCCUUCUCGAAGCCCCUGCUGCAGCGGUCUCCCACGCUGCCGGCGGCGCCGGCCCCUUGGGGGUCCUGGCAGGCGCCUUCGUCGCCGGUCAUGGCUCGGGUGGCGCUUGGCAGGAGAGCGCCGAGGAGAGCCGGACGCAGGCGCUGGCCGAAAAAGAGGCGCUACUGCAAUCUAUCGGAACCUGGAGCUCGCCGUCGCCUUCUGACAUCGAGCUCCCCCUGUCUGACCUCGCCGGGCUCGCUCGGGCCGUCUAUGCGGAGCCGCCACGAGAGCUGCCGGGCUGGCGCUGUGACCUUGCCUGCGUCCGAGACCCGGAAGAAGAGGCCACCCAGAUCGGUUCGUUCUCUUGA